UCCAAAUCACUUCCGCAGUCGAGAAGCCAAAGGCGGAAGUCAACAGAGACCGCGGACUGUUGUGAACCUCUGCUGAGCUAAAAGCAGAAUGGCGGAUGAAGAAGACGAGACUGGCUUUGAUGAGGAGGUGGAGGACGGAUCCAGUGGAGUAGAUGUCGGCCACGGGAAGAGAAAGAGGCUCUUCUCGAAGGAGCUCCGGUGCAUGAUGUACGGGUUUGGAGACGACCAGAACCCGUACACAGAGUCUGUGGAUAUUCUGGAGGACCUGGUGAUCGAGUUUAUCACGGAAAUGACCCAUAAAGCUAUGUCCAUCGGACGCCAGGGCCGCGUCCAGGUGGAGGACAUCGUUUUCCUAAUUCGCAAGGACCCCAGGAAGUUCGCCAGAGUCAAAGAUCUGCUGACCAUGAACGAAGAGCUGAAGAGAGCCCGGAAAGCUUUCGACGAGGCAAAUUAUGGAUCCUAACCUGACCAAUCAUAUCAGACACUAUUUGGACCUUCACCUAAUUUGGCAUUUUAUUUCUUUUUGAUUGCUGAAACGUUCAUUCACUGACUUGUGUUCUUGAGGAGUUUGUUCACACCUGACUUGUCAGUGUCAGUGUGUUUAUGAUGUGUGAUGUGCAUCAUUUUAUAUGGAGUAACCGCUGUGUCCGAUGUCAUGCUGUGUGGGACUGUUUCAAUAAAGUUGCAUAUUGGCAUUAAUGUUAA